CAGGCACCACUUGGAGUUGCUCGGGGGGAUCAUGGCACCCCAUAAUACAAGAUGGUCGACGAAGGCUGAUCUUCUGAGGUUUUCAUUUCUUCCUCUUUCACUGCAGUGCGCAUCUCACGACACUCAACGUCUUCAAGACACAGUCACUCUUUUUGUCCCUCGGGACCACUACGUUCAUUUUUGAAAUCCUAAAUAAUCACACUCUUUAAAACAUGCACAAGCUAAUCUUUUUGGGCGUUCUGCCCUCCCUUGCCCUUGCCGCCCGGGUGUCGUCCCCGUUCGUCCUCCGCCGGACUGGUGGUGGUGGUGGUGGAUAUGGCGAGGAGUCGUGUGAGGAGCUGGGCAUGCAAGACUGUGGCGGCUGCAUUCCUCUGGACUACACUUGCUGCCCGGCGAAAACCGGAGGCUGCCCGCCCCAUCAGAUGUGCGUUGUUGGGGAUGACGGCGAGGACGGCUGCUGCCCGGAGGGCUACACUUGCACCGGCGAUGGCGGUGUGAGCUCCACCACCUUCUCGGUUUCCGCGACGGCCACGACCACCGGCGGGGCCAGCGAGGAGACUCCUCCGGAUGACGGCGAGGAGAUCCCCGGCCCCACGCUUGUUGACCCCGAUCCGGAGGAGACUCCCGCUCCCACACCCACCCCCGAGAGCACGAGCACAAGCACAAGCACGGAGGAGGUUGAGAGCCCGACGCCCACUGAGACGACCACAACCUCGGCUGAGACAACCUCCAGCUCGACCUCGACUCCGGAGGCCGAGAGCUCAACCUCGACCGAGGAGGCCGUCGAGUCCUCUACCACCGAGGCCGCCACUCCCAGCGAAACGACAUCCGAGGAGGCCACGUCGACCACCGUCUCCGAGGACGCCACCUCCACCUCCGAGGCCGCUUCCUCCUCUGUCUCUUCCGAGGCGGAGAGCUCAACCGAGGCCGCCGUCGAGUCCUCCACCACCGCGGUGCCGACCCUCUCCAGCAGCACGCUCUCCUUCUCCAACACCACCUUCACCACGGCCUCGACGACCGCCUUCACCACCUCGACGGUCUACACCACCACCACCAAGACCAUCACCUCCUGCGCGCCGUCCAGCCCCUGCCAAUCCGGCACCGGCGUCGGCGAGGUGACCGUGGUGACCGAGACCAUCGCCGUCUCCACCACCAUCUGCCCCGUGACCGAGACCCCGCCGGCCCCCACCCCGGAGACCACCACCACGGUCGCGCCGGCACCCCCCGUCCCCACCGGCACCACCACCACCGUCGCGCCCGUCAACCCGCCCAACGUGGUCUGCCCCGGCAACGGCCAGGCCUGCAGCCCCGUCGACAACGGCGACGACAACGACAACGAUGACGGCUCGGACGACUCCGACGACAGCGACAACGACGAGGACGAGGACAACACGCCCGAGCCGAGCGUGCUCCCGUCCUUCACCGCCGUGCCCUCGCCGAGCGGCACCGGCUCCGUGACCAAGCCGCCCGUGACGACCAGCCAGGUUCCCGUGACGGCUGGCGCGGCGCGCAUGGGCGCGGCGAUGGGGGCGGUCGUGUUGGGUUUUGUGGCUGUGUGUCUGUAAAGGGGUGUGGGUAUUGAAUGAAGGGAUGUUUUGAGAUUGGAUUCGUCCGUCUCUGAUUUCCCGUCAUGGUUCCAUGCGUGUUGUGGAGGAUUAUUAGGGUUAAUGAGUGGCUAGCCAGAAUGGUAGGGGUAAUGAGACGGAUACUGUAAUCUCUGAUUCUGUGUGGAAGUUGUUUCUUGAAGUUGUUUAUGAGAAGAUACAUGAGACAUGAGUGGGAGGGGCUGAGAAACGGCUAGUUCCUUUAUCAACGUCUCUGCUAUCCUCUCUCUUUCUUACUCCCCAUUUAAGUGAAAUUUUUGCAUUUAGAGACAUGUAAAAUAUCGUUAGAAUCCAAGGGCAAUAUCUUCGUGACGA